UAGUUGGAACACCCCCUUGUAGUACAUGUGCAAUGUGCAAUGUGCAUUCUGAAUGCUCCGAGUCGGUGGACUGCUGUCCUAGCCCUCGAAGUCCAUAUCUCCAUCAGCUUCGACUGUCGCUGGCACCAGUUGCCAUUGCCGUAACUCGUACACGCAGAGGGCCUACGCCUGCCUACGCGCUUAGCAGACGUUCGAAAUCAGGAUUAGGAUGCGAACCCUCGUUAUCUCCACCGUUCGUUACCUUGCUCCAGGCUCGGUGUAGGUUACGCGUGGUAAUUUCCGUCCUUUAGUGUUUCCGGCGCACAUCCGGGGAUUACGUACAUUCACAUGCCGUGUUCUUUUCUUACCCCAAUUCCCCAAUUACUUUGUAUAAAUAUCAUACCAUGGACUCCAGGGACACUUUCCAAGCCUUGAUACGUCCUCCUCGGCGUGUUAUCUCCCAUAAUGGUGAAAGCGUUGUCGCCACCGCCCUCGUCUCCGGGCCUGCACAGGGCAAUGUCGAUGAUGUCCUUUGAAAACCUCGUCGCGUUGGCAAAUGAUCAGGAAAGGAUCAAAGAGGCGCGGCAGAUGAUUUGGAGAGUCAAAGGGCAGCCAGUUGUUGAGCUGGAUGAUCUCGAGUCGUGUCUGAAGCAUGCUGCCGUCGGGGGGUUACGCUCUGCCACUCUUGCGUUCAAUAUCAGAGCUGCCUUCAACCUUGUAAUGGCCUCUAUGCGCCUUCGAUCACUUCCCAAAAAGAAAUGGCUACCGUUACUCGUGCAUGCCAUUUUUGGGACCGAUACAUGGCGAUUUGCUGCUAUGCUCGGCUCUUUCACUUCAAUUUACAAGUUCCUUCUCAAUGCUCUCCCAAUACUACUUCCCGAGACGGGACGAUCCUCGAGCCACCUCUUAUCCAAUGCAUUCUGCGAACAAGAACAGCACCUCGAGAAAAAAUCUCUCCAACUCGCCAUUACAUCCGAUACACGCCGCCGUCAUACAGCUAGGCUGUCCCUCAGCGUUAAUGCUCAGACAGCUUGGGUCCGAAAGAAAACACGGCGAUGGCAUGCCGCUUUCGCCGGUGCCGUCGCCGGCGGUAUAGCAGUCUUGUUCGAAACCUCAGGAAGGAGGGUGACCAUCGCCCAGCAGCUGUUCGUUCGGGGUCUCCAAGGAUGUUUCAAUGCGUACACAACAGCCAAGAAUAUCAGGAUACCCCAUGGCGAUGUUGUUCUUUUCGCUCUUAUUAACGGACAAAUCUUGUAUGCCAACUUCUUGCGCCCUGACAGCUUGAACCGAGGAUACCGCAACUGGUUUAUAAGAGUAUCUCAAGUUCCUUCAGAGGCCUACAAAAUAAAUCACGACUUGAUGCGCAACCAUACAUAUAACCCUAACGAUCUGGAUAAACUUAUUGCUAACCCUACAUAUAAAAUCACUCCCCAAAACGUCACUACACUCCUAGCUCAUAAGGACGCUUUCUUCAACCGUACCUCCGAUCCUACAAAAUACAUCGCCGACUCACAAUGCCCUUGCAAGGCUCUCCAUCCCGGUCAGACAUCCUGCUGGCACGUCCCUGCGGCGCGUUUCCUCUACGUAGCCAGAUUCAUGCUCCCUGUAUAUGGGGCACUGCAUUUCUUGCCUCCAGUUCUAUUCAGAACCAAGGCAUUCAUGAAGAACCCUCUUAAGAUCCUCAUCAAGUCUGCAUUGGGAACUGCAAGGAGCUGCACAUUCCUUGGGGUCUUCGUCAUCAUAUACCAAACUGCCAUAUGCCUACGAAGCUUCUUCCACGAGUUCUUCUCGACCCUGCCAGUCAAUUCGACGCUCAAGCUACCCCAGUGGCUCGUGGACGCCAUGUUCGUAUCACGAGCGGCGUAUUUCAUACCGGGCUUGGCGAGCGGCCUGAGUUUGUUUGUUGAGGAGAAGAGGAGGCGCGCGGAGCUCUCGAUGUAUGUUUUGCCAAAGGCUCUGGAGAGUUUUUGGCGCGUUGUCACUGGGAAAGUCCCCGGAGGUGUUAAGACUGGCAAGACUGGAGAGGCUUUGUUGACGUCGAUUGGGAUGGCUAUGGUUAUGUGCACAUACCAAAAUGAUCCUCAGCACCUGUCGGGGCUAGUAAGACGGAUUUUAUACCAGUUCAUUGGGCCGAAUUGAUGGAUGUAAGGAGAAUAUGUCUAACUUGUAUUAUUACGUUUGUAGGCGGAGGACUGCACGGAACAUGGCCUCAUAAGAAGGCAUAACUUAAAAACUUUUGUAGUUGUUUGCAAGGAAUCAAAUCGAUUGGUGAUAAACACCAUUGACGAUACGAAGUAUGUACGCUCACUUGGCGUCGUCGAUCGUUUCACAAUUACUACCGUCUUCUCGGUCGAAACACUUGGCCAAAUUCCCCGCACGUAUUUUGACGUUUG